AUGGCUGCAACCUGUGAGAUUAGCAACAUUUUUAGCAACUACUUCAAUGCCAUGUACAGCUUGGAGGACCCCACUGUGGUGUGUGCUCCCACUGGGGCCACGUUUGGGACGGAGGACCUGGUGCUGACCCUGAGUAACACACAGAUGCCUCCGGAGGGUACAGAGAAAGCCAGUUGGUGGGGGGAACAGCCCCAGUUGUGGUCCAAGGCCCAGGUCCUGGACUGGAUCAGCUACCAAGUGGAGAAGAACAAGUAUGACGCCAGCUCCAUUGACUUCUCGCGGUGCAACAUGGACGGCGCCACGCUGUGCAGCUGCACCCUGGAGGAGCUGCGCCUGGUGUUCGGGCCCUUGGGGGACCAGCUCCAUGCCCAGCUGCGAGACCUCACCACCAACUCUUCUGACGAGCUCAGCUGGAUCAUUGAGCUGCUGGAGAAGGACGGCAUGUCCUUCCAGGACACCCUUGGAGAACCGGGCUCCUUUGAACAGGGAAGCCCCUUCGUCCCGGAGAUGAUGGAGGACUGCUCUUACUACCCUUCUCCUGGCAGCUCAGAUGUUUCCACGGCAGGCACUGGCACGCCUCAGAGCUCACACUCAGACUGCGGUGGGAGUGAUGUGGACCAGGAUCCCGCGGACAGCGGCAGGCUCUUCCCCGGAGACGACUUCACGGGCUAUGAGAAGGGGGCCAAGCACGGGAAGCGAAAGCGGGGCCGGCCCCGAAAGGAGAGCAAGGACUCCCGGGAGUGUGUGGAGGGCAAGAAGAGCAAGCAUGCCCCCAGAGGCACUCACCUGUGGGAGUUUAUCCGGGACAUCCUCAUCCACCCUGAGCUCAAUGAGGGCCUCAUGAAGUGGGAGAACCGACACGAGGGUGUCUUCAAGUUCCUGCGCUCUGAGGCCGUCGCCCAGCUUUGGGGCCAAAAGAAAAAGAACAGCAGCAUGACCUACGAGAAGCUGAGCAGAGCCAUGAGGUACUACUACAAACGGGAGAUUCUGGAACGAGUGGACGGACGGCGGCUUGUCUACAAGUUUGGCAAAAACUCCAGCGGCUGGAAGGAGGAAGAAGUUACUGGGAGUCGGAACUGA